AUGGUGCAGCAGGUUCUCCAGCGCUUCCGCUUCACGUACUCCUCGCCUCAGUCCACUCCUCUGCCUACCGGUCACUCGCUCUCAGCUCUGCCUUCGGAUGAGUCCGUAGAGCCGAGUGGCCCGUAUCCAGAGCUUGUGGGCUGCCUCAUGUACCUGAUGACCUGCACUCGACCUGACCUUGCAUACCCUCUUAGCAUCCUAGCACGCUAUGUCGCUCCUGGCCGUCACCGGAAGGAGCACAUGGAUGCUGCUAAGAGGGUGUUGCGCUACUUGUGCAGUACGUCGGGCAUGGGGCUUGUGCUUGGAGGGCGAGACCGGGUUGUUCUCACAGGGCACUCAGACGCUUCUUGGGCAGACGACCAGGCUACUCAGCGGUCGUCCCAGGGUUACACCUUCAGCCUUGGCUCUGGCUCAGUUUCUUGGCGUUCUACAUGCUCUUCUUCUGUUCUCAGCUCCAGUUGUGAGGCUGAGAUCUACGCCACAGCCAUGGCUGCUCAGGAGCUACGCUGGCUGACCUACCUGCUGACCGACCUCGGAGAGCGGCCUCGUUCUCCUCCAGUGCUGUACGUCGACAACAAGGCUGCCAUUGCCUUGUGUGAGGAGCACAGACUGGAGCACAGAACGAAGCACAUCGCUCUGCGGUACUUCCUUGCUCGAGAGCUGCAGCAGCGUGGUCAGCUUUGUCUGCGUUACGUGGCCACGGAGGCCAACACUGCUGAUGUGUUCACCAAGGCGCUUCAGCCUUGUGACCAUCAGCGCUUUUGCACUCUGCUAGGCCUUGUACCUACUGGGCCUCACUUGCUUACCUCUUGA